CAGAGUUGUCAUCACAACAGUCGAUCUGGGUACCAUUCCCAGCUGAUGAGGCGAAAGAGAUAAACCUUCGUGCCGGAAUCGGACCUGCAGCAAGGGGACGAGCUGGUUACAAACGCAGCCUCGGUUCUGUCGCAACAUUCUCUUUUUUUUGUGUGCUUAUGUUCCAUUUCUUUGUCUUUAUCACUCCAGUUUGGACCUAACGUUCAGAUAAGUAGCAACAGCUUCCCGUUUACUUUAUAUUUAUAUAUCUCUAUCUGUGUAGAUGGAUCUAGAUAGAUAGAUAUACGCACCAUGUUUUAAAAUGCAUUUUCCUUCCUUGAGAUGUUUUUUAACCUGAAGGCAAGCUGUUUCUGAAGGCAGUAGAUUUCCCCUCCACGCCCUGACUUGGAGUCACGAUGGCGGGAGGUGUCGCGGCGUGGCUACCCUUUGCCAGGGCUGCGGCCAUUGGUUGGAUGCCGGUGGCCAACUGUCCCAUGCCCAUGGCCCCUAGUGACAAAAACAAGCAUCAGGAGGAGCUGAUCAUUCUGAACGUGAGCGGCCGUCGCUUUGAGACCUGGAGGACCACCCUGGAUAGGUACCCGGACACUCUGCUGGGCAGCUCAGAGAAAGAGUUCUUUUACAACGAGGAAACCAAGGAGUACUUUUUCGACCGCGACCCUGACAUCUUUCGAAGCGUCUUAAACUUUUACAGGACAGGCAAGCUGCACUACCCCAGAUACGAGUGCAUUUCAGCCUACGAUGAAGAGCUCUCCUUCUUCGGCAUCAUUCCAGAGAUCAUCGGGGACUGCUGCUACGAAGAGUACAAGGACCGCAAGAGAGAGAACGCAGAGAGGCUAAUGGACGACAAUGAGAACGAGAACAAGGACAGCAACCUGCCCCAUAUGAACUUCCGCGAGACUAUGUGGAGAGCUUUUGAGAACCCGCACACCAGUACCAUGGCCUUAGUCUUCUACUAUGUCACUGGGUUCUUCAUCGCCAUCUCGGUGAUCACCAACGUGGUAGAGACAGUCCCCUGCAGUUAUCAGAUGAACCAGAAGGAUUUACCCUGUGGCGAGCGGUACGGGGUGGCCUUCUUCUGCAUGGACACGGCCUGCGUGCUGAUCUUCACGGUGGAGUACCUCUUGAGACUCUUCGCAGCCCCCAGCCGAUAUCGCUUCAUGCGCAGUGUAAUGAGCAUCAUAGACGUGGUGGCCAUUAUGCCCUACUACAUCGGCCUGGUCAUGGCUAACAACGAGGACGUCAGCGGAGCGUUUGUGACUCUGAGGGUCUUUCGAGUGUUCCGGAUUUUCAAGUUCUCCCGUCACUCCCAGGGCCUGCGGAUCCUUGGCUAUACCCUGAAGAGCUGUGCCUCCGAACUGGGCUUUCUCCUUUUCUCACUCACCAUGGCCAUCAUUAUCUUUGCCACUGUGAUGUUCUAUGCUGAAAAAGGCUCCUCAGCCAGCAAGUUCACUAGCAUCCCAGCAUCCUUCUGGUACACCAUCGUUACCAUGACAACCUUGGGUUACGGGGAUAUGGUGCCAAAGACGAUUGCUGGGAAGAUCUUCGGCUCGAUCUGCUCUCUGAGUGGCGUGCUGGUAAUCGCUCUCCCUGUCCCUGUCAUCGUGUCCAAUUUCAGCCGGAUCUACCACCAGAACCAGAGGGCAGACAAGCGGCGGGCUCAGAAAAUGCAGAAAGUGAGACUGGCCAGGAUCCGAGUGGCAAAGUGCGGAAGUUCCAACGCGUUUCUCCACAGCAAACAAAACGGCCUUCUGAGUGAACCGCUAGAAUUAACAGGUUCCUCGGAGGAGGAGAAGCAGUUAAGCAAAUCCACGUCAGUGAUAGAAAGCCAACACCACCACCUGCUGUACUGCCUGGAGAAGACAACCGGAUUGUCCUUUCUUGUGGAUGAUCCCGUCUUUUCUGCACGAACAUCUACCAUCUUCAAGAAUCACGAGUUUGUCGACGAGCAGAUGUUUGAACAGAACUGUCUGGACAGCAUGCAGAGCUACCCGUCACGCAGCCCCUCCAUCUCCAGCUCCCACGGCCUGACCAGCACCUGCUGCUCCAGACGAAGCAAGAAGAGCAGCCACCUGCCCAACUCCAGCCUGCCAGCCAGCCGGCUCCGCAGCAUGCAGGAGCUGAGCACCCUGCACAUCCAGUGCAGCGAACAGUCAGCGCUGUCCUCCAGUCGUUCCAGUCUAAACAUGAAGUCAGACGAGGCUUUCAGAGCGAAUUGCAAAAGCUCUCAGAUCACCACAGCGAUAAUCAGUAUCCCCAUACCUCCAGGCACCAGCCCAGAAGAGGACAACAACCAUCCUCCCAGCCCCGGCCAAGCAGCAAACAUCAACACGACAGGAAACAUGAACAUUGUCAAAGUGUCUGCGUUAUAAACAAGCAACACAAGGCUGGGACACAGAGCCCUGUUCAGAUUGUUGCAAACUGCGCCUGAAGGCAAGUGGAACUCCAAGCUGAGCUUUGCAAUGUGAUGCGCACUGGUAAGGGCAAGUGGAUGGAAGUCUGGCUCAGUUUUGUACUGGAAACGAUUACCUGCCCAGCAAGAAAAGAAGAGUACAAAAGUCGAAUUCACAAGUGCACAAGCAUCUUUUUCUUUGCCGGUGUUUUAAUGGCUGAUAUCAAGGGAAAUGCAGAUGUCUGAACAUUUUUAUUUUAGAAAAAAAAAAAUGUGCGUCUGUUGAGAAUCACAAACUGAUCCAUUUUAUUCAUUUUAUUUUUGUGCGUGAGUCACUUUAAAAGAUUUCUGUAUAUUAGAAAAAUGAUCUGCGGCCGCCGAUGGCUCAUCACACUGAACGUGUCAGAUAGCUUUAACAUAUGUAGAAUGUUUUGUAACAGAUAUGGCAGGCCAGCGCAAUGCGUGUGAGUAAUGUUACGUGACGUUCAUAUCCAUGUGAGAGACAUGCUUUGGUAGACGCUGGCUCUCUUCUGCUUUACCGGUUCUUUUACUCUCAGUUGUGUGUGAUUAGAUUGAAAUGUGUCUGUUCUUCUACAGCCUUGAUGUGUGAGAAACGAUUUGGUCUUAGAUUGUUAUUGGGACAUUUCAAUAGCUUAAACAGCAUUACCAUUACUGUGAAACACGAAGCACAGCACAUCCACGCAGUAAAUACACAUCUCUGGUUAAGAUAUAUCUCUGUUCACCACCUCUGUGUUUUAUGAGAUGCUUUCUGUCACAGGCAAACACACAAUAUUUUAAGGCUUUUUGCUUACAAUUUGACUGGACAUUUUCUGUGCUAAUAUGUGGCUUCCUUAUUGUUUGGUACUAGAACGCUGUUUGAAUUCCUCACUAAAAGGGUACACGCUUUCUGCCAGCAAGCAAAGCUUUUGACACAGACCUGUCUAAUAGGUCUCUGAGUUCUCAGCACUAGAAAUGAUUGAGAGACCUGCGCGCAUCAGCUAUGGCUGCCUGUGCAAUUGUAUUAAUGUGUUGAAAUAACUCAAAUUCUCAAAAAGUACAAAAUAAACGUUACCUUCGAACUGAGCGUUUUGAAACAGUCAAGUUAAGAUACCCAGGCAUUCCACUACAUGAGUUGUAUACUGUAGAUAAAAACAAACAAGAAACAUUCUGUACAAUAAAUAACUUGGAAUGUUUCCUGGAAAAUCCUGCCAUAAGAUUCAUUCCUGGUUGCAGUGUAAAGACCCAUCCUGCUUCACGGACACCCGAUUGAAACUCUACUGGCAGACACAUUCCAGCACCAGCCCCACAGCCUCUAAUAAAGGACCACUCUAAUGAGACCAACAUGCUGUAAACCACAAAGCAUUGCUUUUAAUCUGAAACCUUGCAACAUGGCACCACUCGUUUACAAAGCAACUGUUUUAAAAUAACGUGAUCAGGUGAAUAAAAUAAAGCUAGGUGAUGCCUGGUUUACAUCAUCCACUUUGAAGAUUAGAGACAAGUCUGCUUCUUUUAAUAGUAGCCCUUGAACUCAGUGGGGGGGGGCUGGUUCACUAGCAGGUGGAAAGUUGCUCCUUUGUAGUCUGGUUUAGCGACACCUGCAGGUCCACACAUUUCUAUGUGGAGAGUGUUUUCUAUUGAUAAAGUCAAGUGUUACUUUUGACAUCUGAUUGUGUAGGUUUGACUUUGCGUUGGAGGUUCCCCUGUGCGUAUUUUCCUCUGAUUCAUCAGGGUGUGAAGCUCACCCCUGUGGAAGCUGCUUAUGCUAUUAUUUACUAUAUGUUUUGGUAGAACAUUUUGAUAUAUUCAACAGCUUUCUCCAGUUUCUAAUACUGAGGAAAAAAACCCAUAACAUUAUGACCUGAUUUUGUCUGUGUUGUGCAGAAUAUGUUGAAUGUUGUGAAUCAUUCCUUGUGCCAUCACUGUACCUGUGUAAUCAGGCUGCUAAAAUCACUGUAUUUACAAACAAAUACAAACCUGUGGGAUUUGA